AUGUCACCAACACCCGAGAUGCAUCUUCCGACAAACUUGACGACCAUCGCCUUGGCCGCCCUCCAUCUCGGAGCCGCCACCGCCCAACGGCCCGUCAUCCGGGCAGACACCAACCGCGACGGCGCCGUCAACGAGGCCGAUGACGCUGACAAGGCGUUCUGGACUCCGGCACGGGGAGCGAUCUUCCUCCCGAACGUCGGCGAUUCUCUCCGCCGUUGUGCGAACACCGACCUCCAGGGGAACCCCCUGAGUAACCAUGAGCUCGCCUCCUGCAAUGAUGCCUCCGGCCAUCUGCUCCUCGAGCCAGGCUUGGUCGCGCCGUUGAAGACCGCCCCGGUAGAUGUCUCGGAUGACGUCUUUGCCCAUAUUUAUGCUACCCCCAAAGCUGCGGCAAAGAGCGUGCGCCUGUUCGUGAACGACUUUCCCUCCCGCGCCAGCGAAACCGCCGCAUGGAGGUUCGUCGACCCUGAAUUCAUCUUCAACGCCACACAACUGAAGAACGGCAUCUCCCUGGGCAUCGACGGCCGCGAGUUCGUCACAGACGCCUCGGAGUGGGAUGGGAAAGUCACGGUCCACUUCGACCUCCACGUCAACACCACGAUCCUCUCCGACGCCGUCGAGCUCAAAGUCGCACCAGUCCUCACGCACCACCACCUCCAGCGCGUCGACACCCUCAUCAGCACCGCCGCCAACGACUCCGACCCCGUCCAGCUCGAGUUCAUCCGCCAGCUGGACGCAGGCCGCGCAGCCGCCGGUCUGCAGACGCCGCUCUAUCUCUUCAACCAGAGCAGCGACAUCUGGGCGCAGGACUUCAUCGAGCCGGCGUACGCCAGCAUGCCGGGCCCGAACGGCCCUGUCUCGAUCCGCAUUGUGCUGAGGUCUGCGCAGUCGACGCGGACUGGCGGCCGUCAGGUGUUUGAGCAGUUGAGGGGUAAGGGCGUGGGCGGAUUUCAGCCUGAAGGGGGCCGUCGCGGGUUUGGACAUCUUGAGAUCAACUCCUUUGGCAACCUCGAGACCAUCCCACCGUAUACCUCCAAAAGCGGCAUCAGGUACCCUGUCGGACGUAUUAUUCAGGGCAAGCACUUUGAGAAGAUGCCCGCGGAGUCGAUGACGAAGUUCCUCGACGGGCAGGGGUUGCAGAAGCCGCUGAUGCUUGAGACCGGUUGGCUGCUAAUCGGCCACGUCGAUGAGUUCGUGCAGUUCCUGCCGUCUAAUAACACGGGUCUCGGGUUCACUAUCGGCAGCGCGGAUACCGUCUCCGCUCUCGAGAUCCUGCGGAACGCAUCUACCGCAGGCCACGGCGGGGUGCGGGCUGUGUCAUUCAACGGCAGCCUCGACAACGCGUUCUCAACUUCUGCCGAGGAGUUGGCGACGACAAUCGACCAGAUCCUCGCCAACGAGACGUUCCAUCAGGUGAAUGCCUACGCCCAGAAGCACAUCGACGCCAACCUCGAAACACUCCUUUCCGAGAUCCCGAUUGCGAGAGAGCAUGUCGUUCGGGUCCCGGUGCUCUUCAAGGAUCUCAACAUGGGCCAGGGGUUCAGCCGCUCCGACGACGGACUGCCUUCACACACGGACACGGUGAUGGCGGACGAGUUUCUGGUGGCGAGCUUCAGCCCUGCUGCGAUCAACGGUAUUGUCUUGGGAGGACAUUACUUGAGCCCGAAGCCCUGGGGGCCCAUGGUUGACGGGAAGGAUCUGUUUGAAGAGAGAGUGAGGGCGGUGUAUGGUGCAACUGGUAUAGAUAUUGGAUUCGUCGACGACUUUUUGUCGCACCAUGUUGGGCUUGGAGAGAUUCACUGCGGAAGCAACACCCUCAGAGAGACGGAUGUAAAGUGGUGGGAGUGA